AUGAUUGAAGAUGCUGAGGAUAAGGGUUUUAUUACACCAGGGAAGACUGUUCUUGUCGAGACUACAAGUGGGAACACUGGAAUUGGGUUGGCCUUCAUUGCAUCGCUUAAAGGUUAUAGACUUGUUUUAGCAAUGCCAACUUCAAUGAGCCUCAAGAGAAGUAUUUUGCUACGUGCUUUUGGAGCUGAGCUACAUAUCACAGAUCCUGCCAAGAGGUUUAAUGGUAGUCAUAUAAAAGAUGAUGAAAUAGAGAAAGAGAUAUCUGAUGCUUUUAUGAUUCGUCAAUUUGAAAAUCCUGCAAACCCAAAGGACGGAGGAGAUGCAGGGAAGUUCCUCAAGGGGAGAAACCCGGAAAUCAAGGUCUAUGGAGUGGAACCAGUUGAAAGUGCAGUUUUGAGUGCAGGACAGCCAGGCAUGCAUUUGAUUCAGGGAAUUGGUGCUGCCAUUGUUCCUGAAGUACUGGAUGUUAAUCUCCAUGAUGAAAUUAUUCAGGUUGGGAUUUCGUCAGUAAUAAAAUUGGGAAAAAGGCUAGAAAAUACUGGCAAACUAAUCGCUCAUCUUCGCAACUCUGAUGAAAAAUGGCAGAAACUUACGAUUCCCAAAUUCGAGGGUCAAGAUGCUUUUGGGUGGAUUAAUUGUGUAGAGCGCUAUUUUGAUUUAAGGGGUGUCACUGAUGUGGAAAAGGGUGCAGGGAAGUUCCUCAAGGAGAGAAACCCGGAAAUCAAGGUCUAUGGAGUGGAACCAGUUGAAAGUGCAGUUUUGAGUGCAGGACAGCCAGGCAUGCAUUUGAUUCAGGGAAUUGGUGCUGCCAUUGUUCCUGAAGUACUGGAUGUUAAUCUCCAUGAUGAAAUUAUUCAGGUAUCAAGUGAAGAAGCUAUAGAAACUACUAAGCAAUUAGCACUAAAAGAAGGUUUACUGAAUUGCUGGUUGGGAUUUCGUCAGUAA